CCAAAAAUUUGCACAAAAGGAUGGUAUAGAAUGGCUGAAUUGUUUAGGUUUGUAAUAAUAUUGUUAACCUUAUCAUCUCCCCUUUAGAUUAUGUUCAGAAACAAGGGAAAUCGCCUGGUAAUGCUAAUGAAUGUGCGGUAGAAUAAGACGCAGGUCAUUAUCUGAUCAGAUAUCAAAGUGGUAAGGGCCCCUAUGGAAACAAAUUUGAGAAAUGGGAACCCAAGUUAUGCAAGAAUCAUUGUUCAUUGCAAAUUUGUUUUAACAUGCCAGACCAUAAUUUGUCAAAUAUCAACAAACAGAAAAAAAACUGAUAUUCAUAAUCUAGAAUGUCGAUGUAUUGAGAAAGACCAAUGCUAGAAACUCAGCUAGAGUCGUCAACAUAAAUCACACAACGAUGUCAUCAACAUAUAAACUUUGCAUAGAGUUCCCAAAAGAUUGAUAAUUUGUUAAGCAGUUGAUUCGAACUUCUAUGACUAUUCUUAGGUCUGUUCAAACUUUAUGUGAAUAUAAUUCUUUCAACAUAGAGUUGCAAAGAAUCUACGCAUUGUCUCGCAUCCAAGUUCCUGAAGGAUCCAAAGAUCAGUAGCUUUUUGUAGCUGUGUGUAUCCUAUUAUACAUUCGUAUAUAUAUUGUUAUAUAUGCUCCCAAGAUUUUCCUUUCAUUUUCAUCUCACAAUUGAUGACAGUGAUAUAUCUGUCUCAAAAUGUAUUUUCUUAUAUAAUAGUAUUUACAAAAAGAGCUACUUAUUUUUGUGAAUAUCAGCAAUAAUGGUUUUCAGAUAAUUGUAGUGAAAAUCUGGGGUACUCAUCACAGUGUUUUGAAUCUUUAAAAAUUUAAGGAAUGUCUAGAAGCACACCAAGUUAACUAUUUUUUGUCUCCAAUACUUACAAGAAAAGAUUUCUUUUCAUUUCUUCUAUUCUUAACAUUGAAACUGCUUCAAGGGUACUUGGUUUUGCUGCAUUUUGUUUUGAUUCCUGUUGAGUCAUUCCUAUCUGCUUCAAAAAACCUUUUACAUUAGACCAAAUUUACGAAGACGUUUAAUAUAGAAUAUCUAUCAACUUUUUAUUGACAUAGUAAUAUUUUAAGGAAACUGUGAAGUAUAAAUUUACCACAAGCAGGAACAGUAGACUAGGAGUUUCUGAAAUGCCCAUCAUAAACUAGGUUUCAAGAAUCUUUAGUGUCAGCUAUGACAGUGCUAUGCAUUGAGUUUUGUGUUACUGGAUAAUUGUUGGCAUGCUUUCAAUUCUUAGGGAAGUUUGGACAUUGACUUUUGGACACAUUAAGGUAGUUGGUUCUUUAUAAUGUUGAAAAUCUUCUACAUUUAUUGGCUGUUUUCAUCACAAUUUUCUCAUGUACAAAACUUUAUUUGAGUGACAAAAUAUCUUUUAGAUUUAGCAAAAACCAUUUAUAUCUUUUAGAUUUCCUUUCAUUGCAAGGUUCUCCUCAUAGUGUUGGUUGUGUAGACUGGGAAACUAAUUUUUUCAAUCUUAGCAUGGAACCAAACAUUGACAAGUACCAUAUUCUGGGUCGAGCAAUAUUCCAAAUUUAUCGCCAAUAGCAUAAGAUCUAAUGAAUACUUGACAAAGAAGUUUAGACAAAGAAUUUUUUCCAUUUCAGUAAGUCCUAGUUGUCUAUGGAAAGCUAAGUGACUUCUUUUUGCAGUGCUACAAUACUGGAAGUUGCUGAUGCUUGAGAAUUCGGGAAAAAAUGAAAAGCAUUUGGAUAAAAGCAUCUUUCAAUGCCUUCCAUAUAUUUUGGAAGAAAAAUUAGCUAGGUUUACAAAGCUUAGAAGAUGGUACUAAGUUCCAUCGGUGUAAAGAAGAUGUUUGGUUAUUACCAAUUUCAUCCACAAGUCACUCACUAUUACUUUUUUCCAUACCUAGGGAAGCAGUUUGAAUUUCUAUCAUUUUGUAUCAAAGGCACAGGAAUAUUCUGAAAAUGUCAAUCUAAAAAGCUGUUUUUGAAUACAGUUAUAAAGGCUGGUCAAAUCACGAUGCUUGUUUUUAAGAUAAGAGAAGUCCCAGGUAUCCUACCCUAUGUCCUGGCAAGAAAUUAUGAUAUUUGGAAACUAUUUCCUGGAAAGGAAGGUGCCAUUGUUUAUCCCUAAUCAGGCAAAGGCAUGCGAACAUUUUUGACUGUUCAGUGGUUAAGCAUGACAAAGUCAAACGAAGGCAUAGACUACUUCUCUGAUAUUUUGGUAAUCAUUUGUAAGUUACUGAUAGGUCAUCUGUUUUAAGGCAACAUCCUGUUUAUGAUUGAAUUCCUUUGUAGGAGGAGCUUUACGUGUCCAUUGUUUAUCUAAGUGACUUCUAUUGUCUGACACUGAGGUUCUUUCUUGGCGUGAUGCUCUUGGAACAUGACAAUCUUGUUGACAGAUGUUACAAAACUGUCUUGGCCUCGUAAUCAAAUUAAAGACCUCGCUCUCGAUUUUUCCCGCCAAAAGCAAUAUGGAAUGACUCGUUUGAGCACCUUCUAUUAUGGAACGUACCAAUGAAAAUAAUCUGGAAGCUAACUUCAGCUUAGAAAUGCAAUAGAUGCAGGUAUGCCAAACACUCCUAAAGCCCGGACAGAAAAGUGCAAGGUGGUGAGAGUCCGAGGAAAACAGAUUUUCAGUUCCAAUCUUACAGGGUAUCCCCAGCGUUCCUCUUCUGGCGCCAAGAAGGAGAGAAAGAGAGGAGAGUCAUACGUACUGAAAGAUUUUGUAAUCCCUUUGGACUCAGUAGAUGAUCUUGCUAAAAAGUAUAGAGGCACUUAUAGACUAGACCUUCGUGGAAUUAAUGUCAGGCAAAAUGGAAGGUAUAAAGGAUGGGCAAACUCUGUUGAACUGGAAAAUGUAUUGAUGGCAUGGGAGAAAGAGUUGAACCUGAAGAGCAAGAAUGAACCAAUAAUCAGAGUGGAAAAUCUGGUCGAUAAUACGAUACCUCCAACGAAUUUUGAAUAUAUUCUUGAGAAUAUUGCAAAUGCUGAUAUUGGUGAAAUGUUUAAUGAAAACUAUUGCAUUGGUUGCACUUGUGAAAGAUGUACCCCCAAGGGCUGCUCAUGUGCGUCAACUGAUGGUAGCAGUUUUGCUUACGAUAGAGCAAAGAGGAUUCUCAUCGAACCAGGUCUGCCUGUGUUUGAAUGCCGGAAAACUUGCAAAUGUUCCAAAGCAUGUCCAAACAGAGUUGUGCAGCAAGGAAGGACUGUCAAAGUAAUGAUUUUCAGAACACCUGAUGGAAGAGGUUGGGGUGUAAAGACUUUAGAUAUGAUUAGAAAAAAUCAGUUCGUUUUGGAAUAUGUUGGUGAAAUAAUCACAAGCGACGAGGCCGAGCGCAGAGGAAAAAUUUACGAUGCUGCGCAGCAAACAUAUUUGUUUGACUUGGAUUUGGAAACGGGCGAGGCCUCUUAUACCAUCGACGCCUAUCGCUAUGGAAACGUCUCUCAUUUCAUCAAUCACUCAUGUGAUCCAAAUCUGCGAGUGUAUGGUGUUUAUGUUGAUUGCAUAGACGCUCGUCUCCCUCGACUAGCUUUCUUUGCUACAAGAGACAUUCCAGUUGGCGAAGAGCUCACGUUUGAUUAUCAGUCGUCGGCAGACCAUGAUGCGGGAGCCAGUCCCAUGACUCCAAGCAAAUUCAGGAACAAAUCGAACCAAUCUUUGAAGAAGUUCCUUUGCGCAUGUGGAGCUAAAAAUUGCAGAAAAUAUUUGUUUUAGUCUUUUCUUUUACUUGGUUAGAUAUUUUGACUUGAAGAUAUUUUUGUAUUCGAAAGAUGAUUUUAUAACUGUUGUAAAUGCUCUUUUACGUCUAUAAAAUUUGAUACUGAGCUUUGUGAAAUGUUUUCAUCUUUGGUAUCAGAAAAGCUCUUGAAGACAUCUCAUCUCCAUCAUUGCUGCCUGGUUUUGUAUUUUACUUUAGGAAAUUAUCAGCCGGACGGUCUACUCUAUACUGCUAUGCUAUAUACAAUACGUUCAAGCCAGUGUAGCUGGUUUUAA